GUCAAAUCCGGAUCCGGUAGUUCUAAACAGUGAACAGCGCACGUUUGUGUCCGUUUGUUGUUACAGAAGCACAUUCUACCAUAUUCUACAGCGCUGCUUAAACUACAAUGUCUGGGUACACGAAAGAAUAUCUAGAAGAUAAGUUGCAGAAAGAAUUGGACGCGAUCCACGUUGAACUUGAAGACAUUUCUGAUGGAUGUGGUGCCAAAUUCAAUGCAGUCAUCGUAUCUCCGAAGUUUGAAGGAAAGGCAUUACUUGAGAGGCACCGGAUGGUAAACACGGUGCUGAGCAAAGAACUUGCAGUUAUCCAUGCCUUCUCACAGAAGACCCUGACACCUGAACAGUGGCAGGCCAAGAAAGCAUGACCACGAGAAAUUGAUCAUCCCAAAGUCGACAUCUUCAUUUCGCCUUGCUGUAUAUCGCUGUUUGAUAUGACCAGCCACUUGCAUGACACACCCGAAUAAUAUAAAAUAUGACUGCAUUCUUGAUGAGA